AUGGCGCUCAAGGACAGGAUCUCCUCUCCCCUCGAGGCGGGCCCGUCGGUCCUCGACGCUCAUCACGUCCCUCCUCAUCUUGUUCCCGUCCUCGAGUAUACGUCGAGCCGGCUGGCUAAGAAGGCCGUCCACCUCACGCUCAUUAUCGUCCGCAGAGACUACCAGCUGCUCAACACCAACACGGCCUCUUCAACACCGAGAACGCCCCGGACUCCCGCAACGCCUCUAUCGCCCCUACUCACCGGCGGCAGCACCGGCAGUCGUCUCGGCCUAUCCAGCCCCGUCGUAGCUCUGAAGCAUCUCAUGCGAUCCGCCUCACAGCACGUUGUAGGCUCAGGCCGCUCUGUCCAAAGCCCGAGGAGUGCCGUGCCUCUCAUCUCACAUCCCUUUGCAGCCAACGAGCUGCCGAGUCCCCGGUUUCGAUGGCCGCUGUCGCCUACAACGCCCUUGUCGCCCCCGCCGAUGACGCCGUCCACAGCUUCAUCGCUGACGACCACCGACAGCAACGGGCCGCCAACCCCGAAUUGCACGGGACUUCGUUGUUUCUAUUCUGGCGAUUUAUCCCCAAAGACAGAAAAGAUCUUGAAGAGCACUCUCAUCAAGGCGGGGAAUAAGUUUGGCGUCGGGAGCGGAUGGCUUGUGCCCUUUACAAGCCCCAGCACCCGCGAGCUUGCAACCCAGCUCUUCCACAGCUCCGUCGUCCAAAACGAGAUUCUCUUCUCGUCCGACGGCCUGACUCUGCUGACGCUCGACCGCCUGUACAGCAUAAAGAGCGCCCUAUCCAGCUACUCCAAGACGGGCUCUGCGCUCAUGCUGGAAGACGCCGUCGACGAACUGCGCCGGUUUGUCCUGGCCCACAACGGCCGCCGAGUGACCAGAUCAGACCUCCUCCGGUCCUACGACUGGCUCAGUGUCAGCAAUUCCGCCACCAUAGACCUCGAUCGCAUGUAUCGACGAGCAUACGGCGGAUACGACCAGACAGGCGGCAUCACCGGCAUGGCCCCCGAAUUAGUCACCAAGCCAUUUGUGCUCGAUCUGCCGCCGAAGAGCAAAUUCGAAGACUGGGAAGAUGGAAGCCUCAGCCCCUCGAGCACCAUCCUCGACGACGACAUCAUAGGCGUCGCCGUCACGGCCGUGCCCUUUGUCCGACCACCAACUCCCCGGCGAAUUGGCCCAGCCCUGAAGCUGCAAACCGACUUUCCGUCCAAAUCCAAGUAUCUGGACCUCGGAGACGAAGUGCCCCAGGAAGACGAGGACUCAGAGGACGACGAAGCCCAUACCGCACGACCCGUGGACAAAACAGCCGCUGCCAUGUGGAACAGCCGCCUCACCAUUGACCAGAUGCUCAGCUCAAACCAGGACCUGCACUCGCCAGCCGUAGGACCCAUGACUCCCCACGCAUACGACGACAUAUCCCCCGUUACGCGCGGAGAAUGGGGUUUUCUCAUGGGCGGCAAUGGGCUGCAAAUAGGGAAAACAGCAGCGGUAGAGACGUUUUGA